CCCUAGUCACACCCUGGCCUAACCAAAAUAGAGAAUAAAAGCCUCUCUAUGGCCAGGGCGUGACAUCACCCAACAAAUGAAUGGUAAAGAUUAGCACCGCAGAUCUGUAAAUUGCAUUAUGCGUAUCUUCUCUAUUCAUUUUGGAUUGUGGCAUUUACACUGUAGCUCCUUCUACAAAACAGAAUGCCUGGGAUGUGGACUUAUCUGAAGAGAAGAUCGCUUUUGAGGUUUGAAAAUAUCAUCUGAUUUUGGAGUGUAAUGACCCGUGAGCAGUAAUUUUGAUAGGACUGAGUGGUUUGAGUGGGGAGGAGAAAACUGGAAAUGAUCUGUUAUUGGCAUAGAGGUUUGGAACUCUCUUAUUGGUCUAUUAACUAAUUUACUGCCUGGUGAUGUCACCAGCAGGGUUGGAUAGGUUAAAUUUGAAAUAUAAUCCAUUACAGUUACUAGUUAUCUGUCCAACUUUUUUUAUCAGUAACGGAACUUUUGGAUUACACAAACUCAGUUACUUUUAGAUUACUUUCACAUUAGAAGAAUACAUAAAUUAAUUUUACCAUUUGAACGACUUCUAUUGCAGGAUAAAUCAAUGGUAGAUUUUACAUAGCUGGCCAUAAAUGGUUUACUUGGGUUGGUUAACUAGGCUUAUUCUAACCCAUUGCUUUCUACUUUAAUACAGAUAAUAAUAUGAUUAGGCUAUAUCUUUACAAAAUCAAAGUCUGUCAGAUUUCCAGUCAGUCAUUCCAAUGAAUUUAAUACCCCUUGAUAUUCAAGAAUAGGACUUGAAAAUAUAGAUAAGGCCCAAAAAUCCUUUUUGAAUUUAAAGGUAAUCCUACAAGUAAUCAUACAUUUGUUUUCCAAAGUAUCUGCAAUAUGAUUACCAUAACAAAACAAAGGCACUGGGGCGAACAGUGGCUCUGUUUCCCCUAAUGCAGAUUUGAUCUUUAAAGCUAAAAACAUAUGCACUUCAGAACAUACCGUAGCUACCUGUGUUCUGUAUCCUAAAAAUAUGUUAUUCUCUUUCUCUUUCUGUGUGUAUGUGUGUGUGUGUGUGUGUGCAUGCGUUUGUGCAUUUGUGUGUGUGUGCGUGAGUGCGUGCAUGUGGGUCAAUAGUCCAGAGAGCAUAGUUUGGAUGCCCAGAAAGCAGCUCCUCAAGGUUUCAUCAUGAAUAAAAACGAGCGAGGAGAAGAGAGGGAGCUCUACAGUUUAGAUGUCGGAGAUUCCACCUUCACUGUUCUGAAAUGCUACCAGAAUCUAAGGCCCAUCGGCUCAGGAGCACAGGGAAUCGUCUGUUCAGCGUAUGACCACAACCUUGAGAGAAAUGUGGCUAUUAAGAAGUUAAGUCGGCCGUUCCAGAACCAGACGCAUGCCAAGAGAGCGUACAGAGAACUGGUGUUAAUGAAAUGUGUCAAUCACAAAAAUAUCAUUGGCCUAUUAAACGUAUUCAGCCCACAAAAAUCAUUAGAAGAAUUUGCAGAUGUAUACAUUGUGAUGGAGCUGAUGGAUGCCAACUUGUGCCAGGUGAUUCAGAUGGAGCUGGAUCAUGAGAGGUUGUCUUACCUGCUCUACCAGAUGCUGUGUGGCAUCAAACACCUCCACGCUGCCGGCAUCAUACACAGGGAUCUAAAGCCCAGUAACGUUGUGGUGAAGUCAGACUGUACGUUGAAGAUCUUGGACUUUGGCUUAGCUCGGACGGCGGCUACAGGUCUGCUGAUGACCCCCUACGUAGUGACCAGAUACUACAGAGCACCAGAGGUCAUACUGGGGAUGGGCUACCAGGCCAACGUGGACAUAUGGUCUGUGGGGUGUAUUCUGGCAGAAAUGAUCCGCCACAAAAUCCUGUUCCCAGGAAGGGACUACAUUGACCAGUGGAACAAGGUGAUAGAGCAGCUUGGGACUCCGCCCCAGGAGUUCCUGAUGAAGCUCAACCAAUCAGUGAGGACGUACGUAGAGAACAGGCCGCGUUACGCAGGAUACAGCUUUGACAAACUCUUCCCUGACGUCCUCUUCCCUGCAGACUCAGAGCACAACAAACUGAAAGCGAGCCAGGCCAGAGACCUGCUGUCUAAGAUGUUGGUGAUCGACUCGUCUAAGAGGAUCUCUGUGGACGAGGCCCUGAAACACCCCUAUAUCAACGUGUGGUACGACCCAGCAGAAGUGGAGGCGCCCCCUCCGAAGAUCACAGACAAGCAGCUGGAUGAGCGAGAGCAUACGGUGGAGGAGUGGAAAGACCUGAUCUGGAAGGAGGUGUAUGAGUGGGACGAGUGGACCAAGCAGAAUGGCGUGAUCAAAGGACAACCUCUUUUAGGUGCAGCAGUGAUUGACAGCUCCCCUCAGCACCCCUCGUCCUCCCCCUCAGCCAAUGACGUAUUCUCCAUGUCGACUGACCCCAGUGACCCUAGUGAACCCACCAUGACCUCUGACACGGACAGCAGCCUGGACAGCCACACCUCUCUGGGAGCACUGGCCUGCUGCAGAUAACACACACACACACCCCUGUCACGGUAUAUAGUUUAAAACACUUAAAGGGGCAAUCUGCGAUGGCUACAUAUUUUCUUUUUUGCCUUUUCAUUGAAUGAUAUAUACCAAUUGAUUCUUGAAGAAUAUAAUAUAUAAAUGCUUUUACUCCAUUGUUUGUAAACAAACACUGUAUAGCCUCAAAACAUGAUUACAUU